CGACAAACAAAAGGCCCAGUCACUGCCUUCCAUCCUCCGUUACAACUGAUUUUCUAGACAAAUCCAUCCCCUAAGCUCCGUCUAGUGCUCUGCGUGAGGAUAGCUGUGAAGUGCAGUUUGCACGCGAGCAGUAAGCCCCAUUUACUGGUUCCGACUUUUGUCUUUGCGACUCAAACACAAUCACCUCGACUGACACGAGCAUCCCUCAGAUCGGUCGCACACAAUUCGCGAUCAUGGCAGACAUGGAUCCCGAGCUCGCAUUUCUCAACGCGCAAAAGGAGUAUGACCCUGCUGGUGACUAUUCUCUAGCUGAGCAAGCUGGUGAAGACGCGAACGACGAUGAAGAAGAGGAGGAAGAGUACGACCCAUCUGCUGGCUACGAGCCAUACGUCGCGACCCACGAAGAGGAGUAUCAGCAAGAAAGCGCUGAGUCGAUUCCUCAAUCAGCCACCAACACACCUCCAGCGGCAGCAGAGGAUGCUCAGGAACAACCGCCGGCUGUCCCUGCCCCUGCACAGGUGCCUACGAAGCAACCUCGCACAAUAGGAGGAUUUGUUGAUGAAAGCGAAGAUGAGGAUGAAGUGACAGAGGCAACAGGGGCUGCGCUGCAGAAUGCUAGUGCGGCUGGGGUUUCUACAAUUUCACCGCAGCGUUCCCAUACAAACACACCAUCCAUUUCCAAUCCCUCUCAAACUCAAAAUGUACCAGUACAUAGUGCUCAAGCUCAGGGUCCAUUUGGUGCUUCCAUCUCUACUUCUGUCGCUGUCAAUGACACUGCUCCCCACUCUGCUCCAGUUGUCCCUAAUGGCAGUACCCCAAUCCCAGACGCUACUAAACUACAACCAGCGCGCUCUGCUACAGCUUCAGUCACCCCUGCUCCUGCCGCCGCUGCUCCCCUUCAGAAGCCGGCGCGCCUUCCUCAAGAUCGAGUGGGUCAAUUCGAGGAUAGGAUUGCUGAGGAUUCCCGUGGUGAUAUCGAAGCAUGGUUGAGUCUAAUCGAAGAACAUCGCAGGCGCCACAAGAUCGACGACGCACGGCUCGUAUUUGAUAGGUUCUUCCAGGUCUUUCCUUCAGCCGCCGACCAAUGGAUCGAGUAUGUGAACAUGGAACAGCAGCAGCAGGAAAACAAUCAACGGGUCGAAGCCCUCUUCAACCGUUCUAUUGCCAACAAUCCCCAUGUCGGUCUUUGGGCUACCUAUGUCAACUACAUUCGACGUGUUCACAAUGUGACUGUAGAUGAAUCUAAGCGUGCUGUCAUCCAUCAGGUAUACGAAUUUGUUCUUGAGACAGUCGGAAUCGAUAUUUCUUCUGGUAGAUUAUGGUUGGAUUAUAUUGAGUUCAUCAAAUCGGGUCCGGGUACAUUGGGCGGUCAGGGCUGGCAGGAUAUGCAGAAGAUGGAUAUGCUGCGCAAGAUCUACCAGCGCGCUGUCGCUGUUCCCACAAACGCCACCCUCGAAAUCUGGCGAGAGUACGACAAGUUCGAGAUGAGCUUCAACAAAGCGACUGGCCGCAAGAACAUGCAAGAAAAUUCCCAGCUGUAUAUGAAUGCUAGAAGUGCCAACAACGUGCUUGAGGGGCUGAUCAAGGGGGUGGACCGGGCAACUCUUCCAAAACUGCCACCGGCGAAAGGUUUCGAUGGACACGACGCAUACAUGAACCAAGUGACGCUCUGGAAAGCCUGGAUCGAAUGGGAGAAGAACGACCCUCUGUAUUUGAAGGACACCAACCAAGCCACGUACAACAAGCGGGUGCUGUAUCUCUACAAGCAGGCGCUAAUGGCGCUCCGUUUCUGGCCUCAGUUAUGGUUCGAUGCCGCCGAAUGGGCCUACGACAACGAUCUCACUGAGGAUGGCGACAACUUCCUGACUCAAGGCAUGGAAGCUAACCCCGAAAGCUGUCUUCUUGCAUUCCGGAAAGCACAUCAGAUUGAACUGAAGGGGGAGUUCGACGACGACAAGGAGAAUGUUCGGAAAGGCGAAGCCGUACGUGAGCCGUUCAACAAGGUUCUCGACGCUCUGUAUGACCUCACGAACAAGAUGAAGAAGCGCGAAGAGCAUGCUCUCACUCGGGCAAAGGAGACUCAUGCAGCACAGAUGGCUGCCGAAGAUGCAGCUCGAGCGCACGGAAACCGCGAUUCCGAUUAUGAUUCGGAUGAUGAUGAAGCAGAGCAAGCUGCAAAGGUUGAGAGGCGUCAGAACGCAAAAGCAGAGAUCCUCCAGUCUCAACUACAAGCUAUCUCUGCUGGCUACAAUGCCCAAAUUCAGACGCUGAGGAAGACAUUAUCUUUCGCCUGGAUCGCGCUUAUGCGGACCAUGCGCCGAAUUCAAGGGAAGGGACAACCCAAUCCACCUGCAGGCAUGGGCCCCGGCUUCAGAGGUAUAUUUGCUGAGGCCCGUAAGAAGGGCAAGCUCGUGAGCGAUACUUACAUCGCGAGUGCGCUCAUCGAGCACCACUGCUAUCAGGACGCUGCAGCCACCAAGAUUUUCGAUCGUGGCAUGAAGCUUUUCCCUGACGACGAGCAAUUCGCUCUAGAGUACAUUAAGCAUCUUGUAAGACAGAAUGAUGCUACAAAUGCUCGAUCAGUGUUCGAAAUUCUUGUGAACCGCCUUGUACAGAAGGAUGGCGGGGCAGCACGUACCAAGCCGCUCUUUCUGUACUUUCACAAGUAUGAGUCCAGUUACGGCGAACUUGCACAAAUCGUGAAGCUUGAAAAGCGCAUGCAUGAUUUAUUCCCGGAAGACCCGCGACUUGUUCGUUUUGCUCAGCGCUUCUCCACUGAGGCCGAACCGUCAGCCCCAAGCUUUGAUCCGACAGCUGUUCUGCCAAUCAUUUCGUGGAAGACACAAAUGAAGCCUGUGAUGAUCAACAUCAUUCCUACUAUCGAACAACCCCCCAGUCCUGUUCCCGCGCCGCCAGUGCCGCAAAUACAGGAUGCCCAACCCGCCCCUGUGAUCAAUUCGCCCAGGAUCGCCGAGGCCUUUCUUCCCGUUACUAAUUCGCCGAAGCGAUCGUUUGACGAGGUCGAUAACGAUGUUGCCCAACCUCGUAAAAUGAUGCGUGGAGAGUCACCACUGAAAGGUGCAGCAGGCAGACGCCUUGAUGCUGCACGACGCAGCAACCUUGCACGUGCUUCAGAGGGGAUGUCAAACACUCCAGCUGCCGCCCAACCCACUUCAAUUCCUCGAGAGAUUAAUUUCCUUCUGAGCAUUAUUCCCGGAGCACAAUCGUAUCACGCGACCCGUUUCAACCCUGAGAAGCUGGCUGGUCUUCUUCGGGUGACGGAUGUUUCUCGUGACAAACGACAACAGCAGCAAGCACCCACGCCUAUGUCAAUGCCGGUGCAGACGCCGACACCGGUCAAUGCAUAUGCUCCACCGCCUAUGAACAUGGCGUGGGGAGCUCCGCCGUCCAACAUGGGAGGUUACUAUGGACGAUGAGAGAGCGACUCUGACGGAAACAUCUCGUCACGCAUAUCACCAAGCUAUGGGAACUCAAACAACAAUCGAGCAUCAGCCUUCGGGACAAUUUUCUUAUUUUAUCUGCGUCUACUUGAGCGAACCGCCUUGAUGCGGAUACAUACACUCGCACUUUGCAUAGGACGGCGUCGUAGGGUCAUGGUGUUUGCUCCUUUCUUCCACUACCAUUCAUGCAAGAGGUCUCAUUUUUGCAUUGGGUUUCUGGCCAUAACUUGUGAAGAGAGCUUUCCUUGGAAGUAUGCAGGG